AUGUUCUGCUCGAAGAAGCCGCCGCCACCCGAGGAGCCGCAAAUCGAUGUGGAGGCAAAGCUCAAGGAGCUGGAAGACAAGCUCACCAAGAAGAUCGAUGAGCUCCAGUCCUCCGUGACCGUGCAGCUGUCUCGCGACCUGGAGGUCCUCAAGGCAGAGGUCCAGGACAAGGUGAUGCUGGCUGACGAAGCCCUGAAGGCACCGAAAAGGGGGGUCUGGUGCGGGCGCCUCCGGGAUGCUUUGGGCGGCUGCGAGCAAGCGCAUGCUGCCAAGGUCGCCGUGGAGAGGCACACGCAGUCCCUGCAUGACCUUCGCAAGGACUGA